GUCAAAAAAGAACGUGACUGUUUUAUAUGUGCUUGCAUGUAGGAGGGAGAGUGAGAGAGAGAGAGAGAGAGAGAGAGAGAGAGAGUGUUAAUUAUAACAUUAGAUCAAUACCCAUCUUCUCAUCCUCAUUUGCUCUCUAUGGUCCAUGAGUGUGGUCCGCUCAGAGAAAGACAGACUGUGUGACGGUGUAGAGCUGCAUAAAGGACAUACUUGAAGACAGACCUACCAGCCAUCAUCAGCCAGGGGAACUGUGGGAUACGGAAGACCAACUUUUAUACUGCUAUUGGUUCUUGAGCGAUUUGUAACAGUUCUGGCUGAAACCACUGAGCUGGGAACCAAGAGUUCAUCGGGAGGAACUGAACAGCUCUCUGUGGUCUAGCUGUGGAUGGCACUUUAGCGAGCGGAUCCUUGGUCUGGUCUGUGGCGGACGUGUGGAUUCGAGCAGCUGCCUGUGAGACCUGCACAGCACAGCAGCAUGCAGCCUGCUUCUGCCCUCAGAUGCAAGGAGCAAAGAGAGGGAUCUUUGCAGCAGCUCAUGCCCAGAUCAGUGAGGGUUGCUGGGACUGCAGGAUUAGGAGGAUCGGGCUCCAGCGCUGGGGGCCUCCAGGUGCCCCACAGACACCCGAAACUCCCCCGGGAGCUCAGCCUGGAGGAACAGCAGGAGCUGAGGCGCAAAAUUAACAGCCGGGAGCGCAAGAGGAUGCAAGACCUUAACUUAGCCAUGGACGCGCUACGGGAGGUGAUGGUGCCUUACUCUUCCUCUCCCUCUUCAUCGUCAGGUGGAGGCGGGGGGCUACAGCACCCUUAUCUUCCCCCUGGGGCUUCUCCGAAUGGCCGCCGCCUCUCCAAGAUCUCCACCCUGGUGCUGGCCCGCAACUACAUCCUCCUGCUCGGCUCCUCCCUCCAGGAAAUGAGGCGGUUGCUGGGUGAGGUCAGCAUCGGGGCGGGCGUUGGAGGGACUGGGCCACGCCUGCUCCUGGCCGGAGGCUGGCCGUUCCUUGCGGGGCCAGGACAGCUUCUGCUGACCCCCCCCGAGCAGCAGCUUGGUCCGGCCAAGUGCUCUCCGCUGCCGUUGAAUGGUCCCCCAGCCCUGGAGGAGACCACGGCGUGGAGCUCAGAGGGGUCUGCAGCAACCCCACUUUGCCCAUGCGGGGCAUGUAGGGUACCCCGAGUACUGCAUGUCCAACCUACAUCACGCUUCCCAAAAUGAGUCCAGAACAUUAUCGAGAGGACAUUAAUAAUUCCAGCCCUCAAAAAUUGUUGUAUUAUUUUUCUUCUGUGUUUUUGUUUCUUUUCUUGUUAUUUGAUUUUAGACCCUGUGACAAUUUUUUAUUGGAUUACUACUAUGUGUAUAUGUCAUACCAAAAUAGCAAAAUACAUUGAAUGAUAUUUCGAAAUUUCAAAAUCUUUGUCUAAUUUGGUGAAAUAGACUCAAGGUACUACUUGGAAAAUGUUGUGCAAAGAUACACAACACAUUUCACAAAAUGGAAUUUUUUAUUAUUGUCGUCAAUCGCAGCAGAAUAAAAGCAGUUUCCGAGGAAA